CACACACACACACACACAGAGCUUAGUUCUCAACAACGCAACACAACACAACACAAUGUACUCCAAAUUCUGGCCCAAGGGCGGACUGCCCGGUAUUCUUCACCACUACACCGAAACCCUCGUAACCUUCGAAUACACCACGCAAACCCUCUCACAACCACACAGUCUCCUCUUCGUCGGCGGUCUCGGCGACGGCCUCGCCACAACCUCCUACAUGGCGGACAUCGCCUCAGCCCUAAAAUCCACCCCCUGGUCCCUCUUCACCCUCAACCUCACCUCCUCCUACCAAUCCUGGGGUCUGGGCCACCUCGACCGCGACACCGACGAAAUCGCCCAAUGUAUCCGCUACAUCCAAGAAUACAAGCAAUCCAAGUACCCGGACGGAAACGGGAAGAUCGUGCUGAUGGGACACUCGACGGGGAGUCAGUGCGUGAUGCAUUACCUGUCGAGACCGAAUCCGCAUACGAGUAAGCCCGCGUUUGAUCCGUAUUUGGAGCAUGUGGUGCGGGUUCCGCUGGACGGGGCGAUUAUGCAAGCGCCGGUUAGUGAUCGGGAGGCGAUUGGGUGGGUGUUGGAGAAUGGGAUGGGGGGGAAGAGUGGGGAGGAGUGUCGGGAGGUUUAUGAGAAGAUUGUGAAGAUGGCGAGGGAGGCGGAACGGGAGAGGUUGAGUGGGAAGGGCGGGGUUUAUGAUACGAUGUUGCCGAUUGAGUUGACUUCGUUUGCGUAUCCGGCGAACACGCCGCUCAGUGCGAGGCGGUUGUUGAGUUUGGUGAGUCCGGAUAGUCCCGAGAAUCCCGGGGAGGAUGAUAUGUUUAGUUCGGAUUUGGGGGAUGAGCAGUUGGAGAGGACGUUUGGGAUGGUGGGGAAGGGGGGGUUGUUGAGGGGGAAGCUGAUGGUGUUGCAUUCUGGGAAAGAUCAGUCGGUGCCGGAUUGGGUGGAUAAGGAGGCGUUGUUGAGGAAGUGGAAGGGGAUUACGAAUCGGGGCAGUGUUGAUGGGAGGGAGAUUUGGGAUGAUGAGCAUACGGCUGUUAUUCCCAAUGCGUCGCAUGCCUUGAGUAAUGAUGAUCAGGCGGAGCCGAGACGGUUUUUGGUGGAGAAGGUUAUGGGGUAUUUGAGGAUGGUGCUGAAUGUGUAAAUGAUAUCCUUUUUUUUUUUCGUCUUGGUUCUUUUCUUUUGUGAGCUUGAAUUGAG